UGUGUUGGGGGGGUAGCUGGAUCGUGCAGCGGGGAGUGUGUGUAGCCAGGGGCUUGAUUGUGUAGCGGGAGUGUGUGUGUGUAGCCAGGAGCUGGACCGUGCACACACACAGGCUCAGAAGCUGCCCCGGGAGGAGGGACCCGGCGCUGCAUCCCCGGGACAAUGCCCGAUCUCCUCAGCCUGCUGCUGGCCGCGCUGUGCCUUUUCCUGGCCGGGUGUCUGCUGUGGAGCCAGCGCUGUCCCGCGGCCGGGCCGGGCGGCAGCUGCCGCCGCUACUCGGUGCCGGGGAGCUGCUUCCCGCUGAAGAAAUGGGCCAUGUGGGGGCUUCUCUCCUUCGCGUUCCGCCGGCGCCGGAGAGAGCGCGGCAGCGCCGCCCACCGGUUGGAGCGGAUGGACACAGGAGCCGGCAAGGAGCAGCCCGGCCGUGGGGCGGAGGAGCUGGAGCGGCUGCAGGGACUGGUCUGCGAUGCCCAUGCCCUGGAUUCAGUUUACUUCACUGGGUUUACAGAAACCGACAAGACUUUUGUGAUCACACGUCUCGGAAGACGUCCGAAUGGGCUCUGUGAAAUGUGGCUCUUUCUCCGCGUGGACGGAAUUGGAGAGUUUGAACACCCAGUACAUCCGGACAUGCUGGUGAGUGAUGAAUCGGAAAAAUGCUGGCGUGGCAGUGGGCUGAUGAUUGAGUGCUUAGAGCCAUACAGACGCUGGAAAAUAAAAUUCAAUGGACGACUCAGAAAAGGACCGUAUCGGCAUCAGUGGAAUGAAGAGGAGGGCGAACUUGUCCACGUUAAAUUCUCUUUCCACUGGACUUCCUUUUCAGAUCUAUUCGACUUUAACCUUGACAGUCACCCUAAAGUGUUUGCACAUGCCUUUGCUUUGGAAAAGUGGAGUGCAGAGUUCUUCCGGAGAGUCAAAGAAGAUGGGGAAAAACAUUCUCGUUAUGAACAAUGGGGCCAGUCUAUAGGAGAAAUUGAAAUUGAAGGUCAUGGGAAGAAAGAGGUCUCUCUGAGAGGUGUUCGGAGCCACUCUUAUGGCAUCCGAAACUGGGCUGAGAUUUACCGAUAUGUCAUGAUUUUGAUGCAUUGUGAGGAUGGGAUGUCAGCACACUUAACUAUUGUUUGUGUACCAGCAACUACAACACAUCUCACUGUAGGUUAUGUUCUUUUCCCCGAUGGGAAGAAGGCUGGCAUUGACUGGUCCAAUGGCUCACUGGCUGAAAUGGCAGAUGAUGGUAUUAUCAGAGAUUUAUACCAAGUCAGUUUCACUGCAGGUGGCCAGUGCUUUGAGGUUUGUGCUAGACUCGACAAGCAGGCACGCCCUGUAGUAUAUAAUGGUUUAACCGGAACAGGAGUAUUCCAUGAGUGCAUUGCUGAUUUCCAACUGAAUCGGACAGUCCCAGGCUGGGGCUUGGUUGAAUUUUAUUACAGAGAUGCAACUGGGCAGCUUAUUCCUAAUUCUGGCUCUAGGUUGAAGGAGCCAUCCGUUCCUGCCAGCUCCCAAUUCACUGAAGAGCACUUUCAAUGCACCAGGGACGUGGGGGACAAAGGAGCCCAGCUAGAUCAGCUCACGUAGUUACAGACGCACUCCGGGGGAAAGGUGGACCCCAUCUCUGCUUAGCAGUCCUUCUUCCUGGAACAGCAUCCUGUGGUCAAGGAAGCCGAAGCUCUUCUGGUGACACCAUUCUCGCAGCCAGGCAUUCACCUCCAGGAUGCAUCUGUCUCUGCCUGGGCCCCAACCCUUGACCAGAAGGACUGAAGAGAACACCACCUGCACUCCAAACUCCUUCACCCUUACUCCCAGAGCCCUGUAGUCACUUCUGAUCUGCUGAGGGUCAUACCUCGCAGUAUCAUUAGUGCCCACAUGGAUGAGUUGCAUGGGGUAGUAGUCAGAGGACCAGAUGAUCCUUGACAAUCCCUCCGACAAUCUCCUUGAUUUCUUUAUCCCUAGAAGUCACUACAAAAUGGGCACAGAACAUUUUGUGGUAAACUACCCAGAUUUGUUAGUCUGUCUACAAUUGUACCAGAAGCAGAACCAGAAAAAGUAAAAGACUAUGACAGCACUUCAAACCUACAACGCUAAGUGCAAAUAUUAAAUAGUCAUACCAAUAUUUCUAGUAGAAAGUUUAUGGUUUAUAUCUAAGAAUACAAAAAUCUCUUAGAAAAAAUCUGCAUUCUAUUCACAGCACUGAAUGGUUAUAAUAUGCCAUAAAACAGUAGAAAUGCAGUGUUAUUUAUUAGUAUAAUUCUUGUGAAAGAUCCUGGACUGAAGCCCUAUAAAGUGAAGUCCCAUGUAUCUGCAGAACAGAUGCACGGUGCAGCUGCAGUUUAAGUCUUGUCAAUGUAUCUUAACACCAGUUUAGGUGGGAGUGCCACCUGUAGGGUUAAGAGGGUAGUACAGCCUCCUGCAUAUUCAUUUUUAGUUUCUAUGCUCAGAAUGCCAGCUAGGAGACUAUUAGGCCUGGUCUACACUGGGGGGAAGGGAGGGGCUGUGUCGAUGUAAGAUACACAACUUCAGCUAUGGGAAUACCGUAGCAGAAGUUGAGAUAUCUUAUACCAACUUACCUCCCAUCCUCACGGCGCGGGAUCGACGGCUGCGGCUCCCCCAUCGACUCCGCUACCGCCGCUCGCUCCGGUGGAGUUCCGGAGUCAACAGGGAGCACGUUCAGGGAUCGAUAUAUCACGUCUUAAUGAGAUGCAAUAUAUCAAUCCCCAAUAAAUCAAUCACUACCCAUUGAUACGGCGGGUAGUCUGGACGUACCCUUAGAGCCAAAGAUGAUGUUUUUUUUUCUGAUAUGGAUACCUGUCCAUUAGAAACCAAGCUGAGAUCACCGCACAGAUAAGCAAUCCCUUUGAAAUAGGUCACCAACACUACAUCAGGUGGUAAAGUGUGUGGCCCAGACUAGUUAUGUCAACUGCUAAAAAGCUUUGUAGCCCAUCACCAAAUUCUCAAAUUAUCUAGUUCCCCCAGGAAUAAAGUUCUCUUGUAACGUCUGCCUGUUUCAUUAGAGGGGCUUAAGUGCCUGUGCAGAAAUCCAUUGAUAGUAAAUUUGGCAACUUUUAUAUAAGGGACAUUUAUUUUUCAUUAUGCUUGGCUUGUUGUAACAGUCAAUUUUUAAAAAAAAUUAUCCGUCCAUGUACUUUUAAGAAUAGAUUACUUAACAGUUAGUGUAAGUAUUCAGCAUCCAAGGCAAAAGCAUUGUAUUUUAAAACCUGCACACAAUAGCAAAUAGACAAUUGUUUAGUAAAUGGCUUUGGGGGCGGGGGGAGUAAGGGGGAAAGUACAAUACAUUUGCUACUGUGAGCUGUGAAUACAUUGUACAUUAUUUAAGUAUAUAUUAUUGUGCACUAACUGUCUAUCACAUACUUAGAAAUAUGUUAGCUCUUUAUAAUUCAUUGUUGGACAACUUUUAAAAUCAGUUACUUUUUAGAAGAUUAUAAACCACGGAAAUUCUUUAUUUAUCAAUCAAAACCUGGCUAAACAAAGACACAGACAUGAAUCAAGGUUUUGAGAUUGGGUAACAUUUAGAAAUUGGAACCUUUCCACUCUGAUCUUGAAUGAGUAAAUCAUUGUAGUAAAUGCUAGUUAGAAAGGCUUUAGCCAUUAAAAACAUAAAAAUCUCUAAGCAGGAAAAACCGUAAUGCACAGUUUGCUCUUGUUUAAACAUUUGUGUGGAACAAA